AUGCUCCUACCGAAGCGCUGGAUGCGCAUCAUUCUGCUGUCGGCUUGCGUCUUUGCCGUCACGGUUUGGUCGCUAUGGCUUGGCAAGGCUGCUCCGGCACCGGUACUGGAUGCCGCCGCCAUUGAGCGCGCGUAUCCCCUAGCCUGGAAGCAUAUCAACGACUUCAAUGGGACGGGAGGCGCUUGGUUCAUCCCACCCGAGUGGAUCGCCAACAAGCCCGAGCCGCAGACCAUCGUAGAGGCCGCCCGCCUCGCCGCCGAAGUCGCCGCGUCGCAGCCCGAUCGAGAGGCCGACUACUCGAGGAUCCCCCUCAUCGUGCACCAGACGUCCAAGUCGGCGCGCGUCAACACCUGGAAGCCCGAGGUCCUGCCGUGGGUCGAGCAAUGGCUGCGCCUCUCCGUGCCGUCGACGCACAACAAGCGCCCCAUGGCGUACUUUUUCUGGGACGACGACGGCAUUCUCGAUUUCAUGCGCGAGUUUGAGAGCGACAUGCUGGGCGACUUCAACGCCAUGUUUACGCCCGUGGAGCGCGCCGACAUUUUUCGCGUGCUUGCCUGCAAGUGGUUUGGCGGUGUGUAUGCCGAUGUUGACACCGAGCCGCUUCGGCACCCCGCCACCUGGAUCACGGCCCCCGACGUCGCCCGCUGGACAGACGACGUCACUGGCAGGAGCUAUGGCAUUGUCGUCCCCCCCGGCGACAAUGCAGUGUCGGCCAACACACGCCCCGUCAAGCUCCUCUGGGGACUCGAAGCCGACACCGACCCCGAGUCUGACGCGUACUGGCGCAUGGGCUACACCUACCCCGUGCAAGUCACGCAAUGGGCGCUCGCCUCUGCCCCCAAGCACCCGGUUCUCACGCAAUUUGUCGACAACCUCAAGGCGCAGAUCCGCAAGGAAAAGGAGUCGCCCAAGGCGCCCGUGGCCGACCCGCUCACGCGAACUGGACCAGCCGCAGUCACCCUCGCGACUAGCAUGUGGCUAGAGAAGGAAAUUACCUUUAGAUGGAACGCCGUCACGGGGCUCAAGGACGGCGGCAAGUCGAAGCUAGCGUCAGAUGUCCUGGUGCUGCCCAUCACGGGGUUCAGCCCGGGACGCGGCAAGUACGGAAACAUGGGGUCGAAGCCCGUCGGCCACCCCGAUGCCAGGCUGGUCCACCACGCGCUCGGCUCGUGGCGCCACUUUGACGUCUGGGUCGAGUAUGGCAAGUUUUGCCGGACGGUCUUCGGCCUGUGCAGGGACUGGUCCAAGGUACCGUCAUCGUGA